UCGGCAAUGGAUUUGCCUCACUAUGAUCCCCGGAUGUGUGAUGGUCGUCAAUUUUGACUUUUCAAGGGGAUUGAAUGUUUUAAUUAUUUGACAUUUAUUUCAGUUGAAUUAUUAGUUGUUUUAUUCAAUUUUUGUAGUUAAGAAUAGGUGGACAAAAUUUAUCUUAGCAUUAAUGGUAAUGCAGGCAAGGAAACUUCCAAGACUCAGCGAUGGGUAUUUUGAUCGAAAUCAAAGUCAUCCUUUUGAAAACACAGGAAAAUUUUCUAAAAAUGAAAGACCAGGUGAUAAGAUAAAAAAUUCCCCUAUAUCAAGCAAUAGCGAUGUCUCAAAUAGAAAUGACGUGUCUGAGAACAGAAGUAGUCCACGAUACCACCGACCCUGUAGUCAAAGGCUAAAAGAUAAAGACCAUCAUGAAGAUUCAAGUAAGUCUCCUAUUGUAAAAAAUGAAUCUAAAACCGGAUUAAACAAGUCUCAGUCUUCCUGCGAACGAGAUGGAAAUGUUUCUGAACGGUACCAAAGCAACCACGACAGGAGUGCCAAUGAUGAGAACGAGAGAAGAUUACCUGUUAUUGACUGGUCUGAACACAUUAGUUCCUCUGGGAAAAAAUAUUAUUAUAAUUGCAAGACAGAAGUUUCUCAGUGGGAGAAACCUAAAGAAUUGAUAGAAUGGGAGAGGCAACAAAGUUUGAAUCGAUUAGCGUACGAUGCUAACCGGAUUAAAGAUAGGAAUCAUGAAAGGCUUGGUGGAGCAGGGGGAAGUAAAAACUCUCAUUCCCAAGAUUCAGUUGAAAAUUCAAUAGAAAACAGUGACCCCCACACAGAUUCUGGGACUCACAACCGUACUCAGACAAGUAGUACGCAUUCCUCCACAACAAACUCCAGCUCUUGUCCCACCAAUGCUCAGGUUGCUGCCCAUCUACUCUCUCCCUCUCAAGUUACACUAUCCAACCUGCCCAAGCUGAUCUCGCAACUUGCUGGAACGAAAGGGUUGCCUAAUUUGUCUGAACUGUCGCCUCAGGAAGCUUUGAGAACAAUACAACAAGCUUUACAACUAACUAAGCAGGUGACUAAUCUGUCUCAAGCUGCAGAUUCUCAUCACCAAAGCAAACCUUCAGCUUCCCCUGCACAGUCUCAACCAAAUCAGGUUAACCAUCAUCCAGCAACAGCUCAGAUCACUUCAUUACCAAGUAAUGCCAGUUUUCAAGUCAAUUCUACGGGUGCUGCACAUUUUCCAGAUGGAAAAUCAGAGUUGGAUCAGGAUAGAACCUCUCCAGAUUCUGAUAGUAGUACUCAUUCUGUGAGGCAUGACAGCCCCACUUCAAGUGUGAGCAGUCUGCACAGCUUAAGUACAGCUGGGACUAGUUCAUUAGCUACAGCUGCACUAAAACCAUCCAUCCCAUCUCUAACCCCAUCAUUAGCCAAUUACUAUAGAGAAGAUCUGAUAUCUCAUGUUGUAGGUUGGCAGGCAGACCAUGCUGAACGGCAGGCAAACCGAUAUUGGGAAGAGGCUUUUAACAUUGGCAGUAUUAACUGCACCCAAGUUUCAGCUGAACUCAAGAUGGCCCGAGCCCUUGUUAGGUUAGCCGAAAUUCAAGCAACUCUGCAAGAACAGAGGAUAUUAUUUUUGAGACAGCAAAUUAAAGAGCUAGAAGAAUGGAGAAGUUUAAAUAGCUUUAUGGGAGAUUCUUAGUAAAAAAAAUAAAGGUUUGUAUUUUACCGGACAUGAUCCUUAUAGGACUUAACAGUGCCGUCGCCAACAACUUUAUACAGCUUGUUGGCUUAUUAUACUGGCUGGCAUUUAGAUAUAUUAAAUGCUAUAUCCCUGCUCUGGGUCCAAAAUGCGCUUCACUUGAAAAUUUCCUUCUGAACGCCAUAAAAGUUGACUUCCAGAAAAGAUUUGUUGCACAGUUUUUUCUUGUAUGCAAAAAUGUGGAUUUAGUUAUCGUUACCUUUAUUAAAAAAAAUCAAGACAGGCACUUCCUCACUGGUUUUAUAAAGUGCAUUGAAGACCUACCAAAGCAUAAACAAAGAUCUAAUGUGGUUUUAAUGUGUGUAGUUUCCUGAUGAACUCUGUCUCGCAACAUUUGUGAGUGUUGAUCUAAUACUGAUGUCAGCAAAAAAAACCUGAAGACAUAUGAAGAUGUUUCUAAGUCUAAUGGCAUUCCGAGCAAUGUGGAAUUAAUGUGUGCAGAACUCCUCUUAUGUUUCAUUGUGACUUGCUUCUGAUUUAUUUCAUUUCACAUCUUUGAAAUCAUCAAUUGAUCACAUCAUUAGAGAUGGCUGCGUGUUUACAUGCCGUUAUGUUCAACAGUUAAAAACAUAUUCUGGAAUUCUCAAAAUUUUCAAUCUCGGAAGAUGUAUAUUUUGAUAAUCUAAAUGUUUUCCUAUUAUAUAUUGUAUUUUGUAUGUGAUGACUUAGUUUUGUUAGUUGAGAAAAGUUCAGUUUAAUUAGCUGAAAUAAAUUUUAUCUCAAUGCUAAGUAUGCUUUGUUUUAAUUUUUCAAUGAAUGCCAAGUAUUGUCUAAACAAAUUUGAAAUACUCAUCAUAGAGGUAUGAAAAAUCAUAAAAGAUAAUAUACUUUAUUUCUGUGUUAAUAUGAAAUUCCGUAAGUUCUGUUUAACUUCUCUAAUCUCUUAAAUGAAAACAAAUUGAUUUUACCUAUAUCCAAGUAAACGGUACAUUUAAAAAUAGGUGUGAUUUAUUUAUUUAAUUUGUAGCUAUAAAAAACCAUCUACAUGCUUUCAUAGCGAAGAAAAUUAUUCUGUUGUCUUUAUAUAGAUUUUUUUAAUGCAAUCCUAAAAAAUUUGUAAAAGUUAAAUUUUAUAAUUAUAUUUUGUUGUGCUGAGUUGUAAAAGAAAUAUAACUGAUCGUUAGUGAAAUAUCAUUCAUAUUGUUGUGGAUAUGUUUUACAUUUUCUUAACAUUUUAGUUAGACUUGAAAUACAUUAUUUUGAGUAUUGUAAUCGGAUGUGCUUCAUAGAAACAUCUUAUUAUAAUACUGUAAGAAUUUUUCCAGUCUAGUUUAUUAUUUAAGCAUUGCAGUUAUUAAGCUUGCAUACAUAAUGUUAGAGUUUUACUUUCUAUAUGCAACUCUAAAAACAAUCUGGAAUUUUUGAUAGAAAUUAAAAUUAAUUUUUACUAAAAAUUGAUUCUAAUAAUAGUGUUAUUAAAAUGUAAGUUUUAUGGUAUUCAUUUUAAAGUCAUAAAUUUUGUGACUUUUGAAUCCUGUGAAUAUAUAUGUAUAUAAGUACUUUUUUAAGCAUGAUAAUUAAUAAAAUGAAAAAUUAUGAGCUUAAGUUUCUCAUAAAAAAUGGCUUCUGUAAUAUUUUUCCUCGUAUUCAUUUAAUGGAAUGGGAUUUAAUGUUUAAAUAAAUGAUGAAAAUAUCCCAUACAUGAAUCAUGUAAGAUAAUAAAUAUCAUUUUACUAUUAUUUUUUAAAUGCCGCCACAUACAAUUUUAGAAUGCCUGCAACAAGAAAUUAUUGGAGAUUAAACUUAUUAAGCACUUUAUGUUUGUGGGACGAUAAGCUUCUACUUCGGGUCCUUAUGAAAGGAAUAUUUAGCUAUGCUUCAGAUUUGGUUUAAUGUAGUUUUCUUAAAAUUUCCUUUUUUUAUUUUCAUCUGUUCAUUUUUUAUUAGUUUUAUGCUAAAAAUGAAAGAUAUUUUUUAGUGUACUACAAUUGAAAAAUAUUGAUAGUUUUUAUAAUGUUAAUAGUUUUAAAGUUAUUAAAUAUAUUAUCUAAAAUCUUAAUUUCUAUUUUCAUUUGAUGUGUUAUUUUUUGGAAGUCAUCUGUUACUGAAUCAUUCUAAAAUAAUAGAAAAAAUUUUGGACUGUACUGGGUUAAGGUACUUGCAAGGAAUUUCCAUAUAGCUAAUUAGUUUUGAUCUGAUUAUAUAAAAGCAUUUUUAAGCAGCUGGUGGGAAAAUAAAUAUUUCGUUUAUAUUUAUUAUACAGGAUUUUAUUAUAUUUUUGCACAAAUAUUUAGCACUUAAUUUUUGUUAUAUUUUGUUGCCAAUACUGUAUUUUUACUUUUGUGCAACUAUUACAUAUAGUGUUAAUCAGGGCUUUUGUACUGAUUAUCAUGUUUCUGUUAUAUACUAUCUUUAUUUAUUUUUUAACACAACAUAAUCAAUUUAUUGGCCCUGACCCAACUUUAUUUUAGUAUGUCACCUGUAAUUCUUAUUUCUCUGUGUUAAAUACAUAAUUAGUAAGUAAAAGUUAAUUCAAAAUCUUUUAUAGUGAAAAUGUAUCUCGUAAAAAUUAAAUUUGAACUUUCUCAUGGAAAAAUUUUUUUAACACAAUUUAAGCUGACUAAAAAAUGAGUUAAUCUUAUUUAAAAUUGGAUGUUUUUUUAUCUUAAUCCUGUUCAUUUGGAAUUGAUUCUUAUUAUCAUGAUUGGACUCAGAAGUGUCUAUUCAAUUACUUUUCUCCGUGAAAUUAUAUUUUUAUUCAUUCUACAUAACAGUAAUGUCUUUAAAUCAUAAAGUUCAGUAAAUUUCAAUUAAGAUUAUAUUUUUAUAUAAAUUAAUUAUGAAAAAUAAUAUGACUGUGGAGUAAAAUUAAAUUUUAAGAAAAUAUAAUUAUCAAAAUUUAUUGGAAAUGAAGAACUUUAUAUGGAUAUAUAUAUAUAUAUAUAUUACAUUUUUUUAAAUUUCAUAUUAUAUUGCACAAAUAAAGAUUAGUUUCAAAUUCUUGUCAUUGCCUUAUUAAUAGAUCGAGGGGGGGGAUUAAAUGGUGACACUAUAAUUUGUAAAUCUGAUUAAUGGAUUGUAUUUUUUAAUUAAAACUUGUUUAGAAGUUUUGAUAUGCAUUUGUUACAAAAAAAAAAAAAAAGAAUAAAUAAUGGAAUGUGUUCAGCUAAGCCCUAGUUGCUGUUCUUGAUUCAUAUCACUAAAAGUCUCAAAAUGUUAUAUGAUGGUAAAAUUAUUUUGUUUAAUACUUGUAUAAGAAGCAGUCUACUAAUAAAGCUUUUAUCCUUAGCUUUGUUAAACAAUUGGGUUAAAAACAAUUUUUUUUUACCAAAUCUCAUUCUUAUCUGCCUUUAUAACAGUAUAUUUAAGUAUGCAAGCAGUAUGUAAUGAGAGAAUGUUCAAUCGUAGACAUCUAAUCGAUUUAUCAAUUAGACAGAGCCUGUUCAUGUAUUUUAUUUUGCAGCAUGAGGUGUUUAUUUUUUACCACAUAAUUUUAAAAAUGUUUUUGUUAAUCCUUACAAAUUUUCCCUUCUGUAUAAGUUUAUUUUUAUAAUUUAGUUCUUUUCAGGUUAUGUAAUAUUUCUCUUCUUAGGACUUGCUGAGUUAUCUGUUUGCUUGUGAUUUUUAGCAAAAAGUUUAUUUAUUGAACUUUACGAGUGAAAACUUUAUUUAAAUCAACAGGCACAUUUAAAAGUAUAAUUUUACCUUACAUGGGAUAGAAAAUUAUUUAGUAAGGGAUAAUGAGAUAUUGAGUUCAUUGUUGAAUUUGCAGGGGGUGGGGGUGGUCACUUGAUGCAUUCAGAAUUUUUUUUAAGAUAUUAACUGGCAUAAUACAUAUGCAUUGAGUAUUGAAAUAUUUAUUUAUUAAUACAUUUAUAGUUAUAAAAUAAUGAUAGAAAUCUUGAUUAAUUAUUUUUGCUGUUAAUAUUUUAUAUUCUUUUAUGGUAUGUUAUGUAUAUAGGUCUGCAAAUUCUAAUGAAAUAUUCCUUAUUGAAAAUCCUCGGUUUUAUGGCAAAAAAUCUGACUGUUACAUUUAAAUCUAUUAUUUUCAAAAUUCAAAAAGUCAGUUCGAAAUAUUAAGUGGCUUUUUUAUAGUCCUUGCCAUUUCUUCACAAGUUAGAAAUACUCAAUUAAAAGGGAAAUUUAGGGUUACCAUACAUCUCUGUAAAUAGUAAUUUCUCUCUGUAAAAAGAAUAGAAAAAAGAUAUUUAUAAAAUUAUCUUUAAUGUUGUUUAUUGUAUUAUUAUUUUUUAUUUCAAGAAUAUUAUACAAUUUUAUUCCCUUAAUUUCUGAAAGCAAUGCUUGGCAUUCCUUAAAAUAGUUACAACUCUUUGUAUUCUGUUAUAGGAAAUAGUUGAUUUAAAAUUUAUAAUGUUAUCUUCAUAUCGUGCUUGCUUAAUACAUUUACUGUGAAUUUGUAUGUGAUUUAAUGGCUCUAUAAAGUAAGCUAUUUGAUGGUCAGUCAGUUUUUACCUGGAAGAUUAAAAGACUAAACACUCAGAUUUGAGUGUUUGUUUGCUAAUCUGUUCCACUAAUCUGUUAUAUACUCACAUAAUAAUUACUGCAUUCUUGUUGACAAGUGCAUAGUUAAAUAAUUUCCGUUUAAUGUACUUUGUUGUUGAACACUAGGAAUCAUUAUAUAUAUUUUUUUCUUUUCCGUUCUACUCAUGAAUCAUGUGGAUACAUUUUUAAAUUAUUUUUAUUCUUAAAUAAAAUUGUUUUUAGUAUUUUAUUGGGAAUUCUGUUGAAUGCAUGAGUUUUCUUUGCAGUGUUUAAUGCACAGUAUUCUCAUCAACAUGACCUUAUAUACAGUAAUUUGAAGAGAACAGCAGCAGCGGCAAAUAUUUCAUGUUAAAAGAACUGCAUUGAGCCAGAUACUGAUUUGUAAUGCUUACUCAAUAAAAGACAGUGUUUGCAA